AUGGAGAGCGAAACCUCAGUUGUUCACGUUUCGGAUUUACAAGAUGACCUCAGAGAGUUCAUGUGCCGUGCUCAGCGUCGUUCACACCGUGAUAAUCUAAGGCAGGUCAAAGAAUACAAAUCUAAAAUGGUAUCGGAGACCAGCGUUUUCAACAGAGUUCCAUUGGAUGGAGGAGCUGUUCUCAGUAUUUACACUGCUAGAGACCGCACGUUCGAUCUUAUCAAACGCUUGAUGAAGUUGGUCAUGUGUCAAGAAGUUUUGGUCGCUCUUCGAGAUUACUUGAAGGUUUGCAACUAUCUGGAAAUCCGGCUCCAAUCUCUCAUCUAUCACAUUGCACAGUGCCCUCAAUACGAUUUCGAGAUCAAAGACAUCACAGAAAAACUCGACGUCAUGGAAAGAAUAGUCGGUCAACUUGAGGCCGAACACAAAGGCGAUGGGGAAACGAACAAAGAACUUCUCAAAACCUGCGGGGUACUUGCUUCGGGUGACAGUCUAAAAAACGCAGAAGAAGGGGACGAUGAUCAUGACAAAUUCGAAGAUGCCCGCGAAAAUUGA